AUGUCAAAUAUUAAGUUUAUUUAUCAAAAGAAAAUACACAAAGUGCCUUCAAAUGUAACUAAUUACUAUAAUCUCGUUGAAACAAUCAAAAAUAGUUAUAAAACAUUGACUAAUAUUUAUCUUUUUGCAAUCAUUAAUCCAGGUAUUUAUUUAAAUUAGAAUAAUAGAGAAUCCUGAUUUGGUAACUGAAAUAAAUUCAGAUGUUACUUUUUAAAAGUUAAAAGUAGCUUAUCAUAAAUAAGGAUGGACUUCUAUUAAGUUAUUAGUUACAGAAAAUGAGAAUUAUCAAGAUGUUUUGAAAUAAUCAUGGAAUCUUUUAAAUUAGAGUGUUGUAAGUACUGAAAAAAAAAAUCAAGAUGCAUCUACUUUAGUUUAACCUAAUAUUUAAGAUUAAUAGCAAUAAUUUGUACCAUAGUUUGAAAAUAUGAGGUAUAUGAAUUUAAAUUAUAUUAAGUACUUAAGCAAAAGUUUAAAAAUUUGAUAAUGCUUAAAAUACAAAUUAAAUCGAUUUUAGAAAUAAUGAAUAACUAAAACAAUUAAUAAAUGAAAUUAUUGAUUAAAAGCUCAAAGAAUUAGGUUUAUUAAAAAACCCAAUUAAUAAUAUUCUUCCCUCUGAUUAUAAAUUUCAAUUAAUGAUGAAAAAAAUACCAAAAUUCACAGCUAUUCCAAAUAAGAAGAUUUCAAUUAAUUUAGAAUUUAAAAAUAUUGGUAAUCUGACAUGGAAGAACCCAUAUAUAUAUAAUUAGGGAUUGAAUUUAAAUUUGAAAUUUAAAGAUCUUGCUCCUGAGUAAUAAGGAUCAGUUAUGAUUUCAAUACCAUACAUAGAUUAACAUUUUAAAAAUAAUGAACAAUAUUGUUAUAGGUUUUAAGUAAAUCAUUAUAUCUUAUAAAAUUUUAGAUUUAUGCAGAGGAUGAAUCAGGGAAAUUACAUUUAAUAGAUGGUGUAAUUCCAAUUACUGUAAAGGCUCCUCCCAAAAUUUAACUAUCUCCAUAAGAAGAGACUAUACUUAAACUUUUGGAAUUGUUCCCACAAAAAGGAGAGGCUGCAAUAAAAAAUUUUGUAGAGAAACAUGGGAAAUAAAAAACAGCUGAAGAAUUGAUUGAAUAAUUUCUAUUGUGAAAUUUAUGAAUAAUUUACUAUGAAUCAAAAUU